AUGGAUAAAACGGUUCCCAUGUCAAGAAGUAAUAUACGUUAUAAAGGAGCAGCGGAUAAAAUAAUACCCCCACCAUCGCCAUAUUCGGUAGUGAAAACGGACAAUGGACCUCCGUUUCAAAGUCGAGCAUUCAGAGAAUUUGCUAAUAAUUCGGGAUUUAAACAUAAACGAAUCACUCCAUUGCACCCACAGGCAAAUGGAAUAGUUGAGAGAUUUAUGGCACCACUGCAAAAAGCAAUUAAAACAGCGAUAGCGCCGAGACAAGAUUAUAAAAGAGCGUUAAGUAGAUAUCUUAUGAAUUUUCGGAACACACCACAAACAACUACACAAACAGCUCCUAUUGAAUUAAUGUUUAAUCGUAAAUUAAAGACAAAAUUACCAAAGAUGACAUUUGAUAACAAAGACACAGAUAUUCGAGACAGGGACAGUUUAUCAAAAGCGAAAAACAAAAUAUACGCUGAUAAUAAACGUAGAGCUCAGCGAAAUAAUUUGAAACUGGGAGAUCGUGUGCUAUUAAAACGGGAACAACGGAAUAAGUUUGAAACACCGUUUUACCCUACCCCUGGGAUAAUCAUCGCUAUGAAAGGAUCUAUGCUUACAAUCAAACAUAAAGGAAAAGAAAUCACACGGGACGUUUCCAAAUUUAGAUAUGUUCAUGGAGAUAAAGAGCCAGUGCAGACGAAACCUGCAGACAAUACAUCUUUACCUAGAAAUAGGCCGCAGAGGAAACGCCCAACGCCGAGACGUUAUGAAGAUUAA